AUGAGCCCGUCUACGGCUCGAAAGAGGCAUCAGCAGGAGCCUCCUGUUCCCCCAGUUUCACCUUCUCUACCCCCAUGCCGCCUCUCGCAGCAUCCUGACACAGAAAGCCCUCUUAAUUCGCUGCAUCAACGGCCAUCGGAUUCCCCGAUUCCAGAUAAAAAAGGCCGCAGUUCUGGGAGGCGCUUUGCAUCGUUGCAGCGGCUUUGCGACUGCUGUGUCUCCCCCAAAAGACAGAGGGGCCCCAGGCGACCGCGACACAACUUACGCAUUACAUCAGCAGCAGCAGGAGCAGCAUCCACGGAUACGCCUGGUGAAGGCGGACGAAUCCGACACUUCAACCCGUUAUGCAGCGGCAACAGCACAGCAAGGACACGACGCCGGAAAUGCUCAGGAGCACCAGAAAAAGUAGCACCAGCAUUAGAAGCGGCAUCGCCUGCAGUAACAGCAGCAGAGAAUCGCCAUGCCACCAGUGUUUGCUGCAGCAGCGGAUGCGAGACUGAAACCAUGUUAUCGACGUCCGCCUCAGGCAGGGAUGAACCCGCUGGAGGCUGCUUCUCUCCUUGUCCGGCAAAAAGGAAAUCAAAGCAGGCGCCACCUGCAACGGCCGCUUUUGCUGCUGCAGUACAGUCGGUUACGGCAGCAUCAACCGGUGCAGCACGAAGUGGAUUACUUGACGUCUCAGCUCGUGGUUCUGAGGAGCUAAACGCUCUUCAGUCCCCGUUGGUGCAACAACUGCAACAGCGGCAGCAGCACCAACGGGCCGGUAACGUUGGCAUAUUUUACAAUCCUAGCGCUGGCCAGCAGGCAGCAGGAACCUUUUGUAAGGCGGCGGCAGGGGUCUCAGCAGUAGCAGCAGCAGGCUCUUCCGCUGUUGCGUGCGAAUGUGUCAGGCACAGGGCAGCCCAGACUGCAGCAGUGCUUCAUAGCUGGUCUCCCAGAACUCUUUUGCCUGAACGGGUGGCAUCAGCACCAGCAACAACUGCAGCAACAGUAGCAGCCAUUCCUCCAGCAGUAGAAGCAAGGGCAGGCAGCGCCAAGCUCAUUCCUGCCUGUUCCGGAGACGAGCCAACUGCAGCAGCAGCAGCAGCAGAGGCGUCUCGUGAAGCAUUUUUGCGUGAGGAGAUGCUCAACCUUGCUGAGAGCCGAUACACUGCUGUGUUUGUUCCUGUGGACAAACAGCUGCUGGAGCAAAUGAAUGAUGAGUUCAUUAGAUCCGAUAUCAGUAGAUAUCCUGUCAAGAACACACCCUCUGGCAUUGUAUUUUACUCUCCGCGAUACUCCGACGACCGCUUCAUCUACCGUCAUGUCCUCCUUUCAGCGGGAGUUAAAAAGGCUGCAGAAGAGAUUGCGAAUGCAACAAAGAGUGCGUUCCUGACAGAGGGCCAGUUCAUCUAUCAACUUGGUAUUCAUUUAUCUCCGGGGUGGGAACACUUCAUGAUUUUUAAAGGAGAGAUGCGGGAGUUGAUUUUGAGGAGGCCUCAACAGCAACAGGAUUCCCAACACAGUCAAAGCCAAGCAAACAGUGACGAGGUGUCCGAAGAGAGCGACGAUUCUGAACCAGAAGAAACAGAAACGACCUCUGCUAGAGAGUCCCAAGCACCGCCUCCUCGGCAUCAAGACAUAGGGCGGUUGCUGCAGCAAAUCGCUGAAAUUGCGACAAUUCAUCAAGUCAGGCAGCAAAAGAAUUUGCUGCAACAGCAAAUGGCAAUUGCCCGGGCUGUUGAGAAGGCAAAUAGGCUGCUGCUCCUGAUAGUGCAGCUGCAGCGGCCCCCGCAACAAAUUCCACCAAAGAUGUAUGAUAGAGUGAAGUGCCUCCUGGCAAGUUAUUUUUUUAGUUCCUUGUCUCAUUUUUCUGCUAAGGAAGAACAGCAACAAUCAUCAACGGCAAGGAAGUACUUACUGCAAAACAGCAGUAUCGGAAAGCAGGGCCAGUUGCUCCUGCUGCUGCUGCAGUGCGUUGCUGCCUCAAGGCAGCACCAGCAAACUUCAGAAACAAUGGAGUUACUGCUCCUGCAUCACAAGUUACUGCUACAGCACCGAGGCUUCAUGCAACAGGCAGUACCUCGGAUCUCCAUGCGAGGAGUGGAAAUGCACCAACAAAUCCUAGCACCUUCGUGCGCCAUAGAAGCCCCGCGCGAGCUACAGGAGAACCAGUGGGCGCAACAGGAAGACCAGCAACAAGGCCGACAGCGGCAGGAAGGCCAGCAUCUAACUCGACAAAACGACGGUCAAGAUGACUGCAGACAUCGCCUCUUCCCCUUGCCACCCCACAAACGGGCAGCCUGCUUGCGCAGCAGCAGGGAAAACGACAGCCCGGUUGUUGCACUGCAGCUGCGACUGCUGACGAUGGUGCGGCUGGUUCUGAAAAUGCUGUUGCUGCCCCUGCUAAUGCUGCUCUACCUAGAGGCCCUGCAGCCAAAGGAAAAGUUACCAACCUACCAGCUGCCGCUACAGGCGUUAGCAGCCCCACCUCACAACGCAAAGAGAAAAGACGACGCUAUCCUCUGA